AUGCCUAAGUAUUAUUGUGAUUAUUGUGAUGCUUAUUUAACUCACGAUUCUCCAUCUGUCCGAAAGACACAUAAUGGUGGCCGGAAGCACAAGGAAAAUGUUAAAAAUUAUUACCAGAAAUUUUUAGAAGAAUGUCAACAAAAAAUGUUGGAAGCACAGGCAAAGAAUUUCCAGAAACGAGUACCUGGUGCUGUUGUUCAAACAGCUCCAUUCCCUAUGCAACCCAUGCAAUUUUACUGUUUUGUACGGAAUCCUCCAUAUUAA